UCAUGAUUUUUUUUUGAGAAAUGGAUAAUAAAAUAUUGGAACCGUAGCCCUUUCUCCCAUGUAAUGUUCGUCGAUGUUCCUCCUUGAUCCCGUUUGAACUCUUUCGCCGGAGUUAAUCGAGGCGGUCCGGCCACGCUGCCGCUCACCGACUAUGGCGGACGAUUCAACUGACCCCUUCGCCUCCCCAGAAGAUCGCCUAAAGGCCUUAAUUUCUUGUCCUUCCGCGAGUACCAAAUCCGGGUUUGAAAACGAAUCUGCAGAAGGUGAAUUUCAAGAAAAUCAGCCGCUGAUAGACGAUAAUCCUUCUUCUAUCUGUGUAAUUUGUUUUUCGGAUGAUGGAAAAGCGGAGAGAGGUAAGCUUGACUCCUGUGACCACUAUUUUUGCUUCGUCUGCAUUAUGGAGUGGGCGAGGAUUGAAUCUAGAUGCCCUGCUUGCAAGGGCAGAUUCACUGUUGUUCAUAGAAUUGCGAAGGAUAGCUGUCGUCUACGUGAACGAAUUGUUAAUAUUCCAAUGCGGAAUCAGGAUCACUCUGUUAUUGAAAAUACUACGAAUAGGGAUCCAUAUGCAGAAACAUGUUGCACUGUGUGCAAGGGUAUGGAAGAUGAAGGUCUCAUGUUACUCUGCGAUCUCUGUGAUUCAGCUGCUCAUACUUAUUGUGUCGGCCUCGGUGCUAAUGUGCCUGAAGGCGAUUGGUUUUGCCAUGAUUGUACUAUCUCCAGGGCUCAACAUGCCGAUACUGAAUUGAACACUGGUUACAAUGAUCAGAAUCAAACAGAAUCUGUUAGAGCCCACAUCUCCAUUUCCGAUAUAGUAAAAGAAUCUAGUGCUCAAACAGUUGGCAUACCUCGCAGAAUAGCCCUUUUACAUUCAAGUCACGAGCCACCUUCUAUUGUCCCCAGUUGGAGAAGCAGAAGCAGCGUGGCCCAUAAAUCAUUGCCUAGUCGUGGUGGUAGAGCUGCUGGAACAAGUGCAAGAACAUUACAUCGCUGUCGUAACAUCCAUAGCCAUAUAAGAGCAUUACGUGAAAAUUGGGGUGGCUUACGAAGGGGGUCACUGAGCUUUCCCGCUAGCAGCUCAUCAACAUAUUGUGGCAACAGUUCCAAACGAGAUAUUGGUGCUGCAAACAACCAAACAGGUGAACCCCAUUUUUCUACAGCCAUUAACAUGCAGGCGACAUCUGGACUCGAGUGUAACGGAAGCUCUUAUGAUGUUGAGAAGGCAUGGAGGAUGAUGGAAAUUGCAAAGGCAAAGGCCAUACGUGAGGGAGAUCAAGCCUUGAAACAUCCUGCUAGCAGACAAAUGAACACAAAAAUAAAAGAUAUUCAUACAGCGAAAGGCCAACAGUUCAAUAUCCAGAAGCUGAAGGAACCAGCAAAGCAUAAGAAGGAAAUGGGAAAGCAAAGAUUGCCCGAGUUGGAUAAGAAACUGUGUUGUCCUGUAGCAAGUAAGAAGAGUAAAGCUUCUGAUGAGUUUUUUCCUACCAGCUCAUCUAGUUAUGGAGAAUCCUCCCUGGGUAAUAUGGUCCAAACUUCUCGAGUUGAUUUCAACUAUGAAAAUAGAAGAAAGCUAUCAAACAAAAUCGUGGAUGAACUUUCUUCAUCCUCCACAAUGACACAAGCCUCAGAGAAAGGCCAUGCCUCUUGUGAGGCUGGCAACGAUCACGAUCCCAAAAGUGAGAUACGAACACUGGUCAAGAUCAACCUAAAACUCCUAAGCCGAGACAAAAAUUUGGGAUAUGAAAGAUACAAGGAAGUAGCAAGGCUUGCAACUCACACCAUCAUGGCAGCAUGUGGUUUAGAACCCCCUCCAAAACCCAGCAAGCGAUUCCUAUCGUGCUUGGUUUGCAAGCACACAGAAGAAGAAGUCGGGCAGCUUCACAGGUCCACUCUGAUGCCAGAAUCUUGCAGGGAAUGCUUCCUGGUGUAUGUGAAGGAUGUUGUUAAUGCCCUGAUGUUAGAAAAACUGGAGGUGGGUUCCUGAUCGUAGGCUGUAAAGAAACCAAAUUGUGUGUAUCAGUAAGCAGAAGAGUUUUGGGAGUAAUAAAUAAAUGGGUUAAGGUAGACAAUA